AUAAGAUACAAGUUACAGGUUCUUGGAACUCUGUAGACGAACAGACCGAGGCCAUGCUUGAGCUCAGACAGCUUUUUUCGUCCACUCUGUCCCAUCUGCACCUGCAUGUGCUCUCACACAACAACACACAAGGACACGGCAGGAACAAUCAGGUCCACCUGUUCUGGGACAGAGGGACACCCGUGAACGUCUCCGUGACAGUUAGUAACGGGAGCCGUGAAGACUUCAGCAUGACGCGGGCUUGUGUUUUUAUGUCACCUGGACAGAUGCGGUCAGUACUCCCUCUGGUGGAAGCCCACGCCUGCGUCUCCAUGGCACAAGAAGGGAAAUGUUCCUAUUCCCAAAGCGCAGAACUCAAAUGGGGGGACAAGAGAAUUACACAAAGCCUGAAAUAUCAGAAAACUGACAAAGGAAUGCACACUGUCCAGAUGGAAACUUCAGCUCAGAACAUAAUGUCAGGCCCAUGUUCUUCUCAUACACUCCUGGCACAGAUACACUCUAACCUUAAAGACGUCCUGGAACAUCAUGGCCAUCUAGGGCUGUGUCCUCCGCAACCAGCUCUGUCGUGGUCUGGUUCUCACCGUGUCAACUCAGGGAAGGACUUAUUGUACAGCCACACCAGUGUGUCACUAUCAGGUCAGGCCCAGCACGCCGCAUUUGUUUUGGCACUCAGGAACACCAGCAGCGCCCAGCGUAGCCACUACUCCCUGCUCACUGAGUGGAAGAUGGGUAACUGGAGCGCCGAGCUGGGAGGAAGCGUACACGGUGCUAGCAGGAACUCGGUGCUGCAGGUUCAAGCGAAACUCGACCGUAGUGAGCAGAUCUGGCUUCAGACCACACUGGGAAAGCGCUGCUUCCAAGCUGCUGCUGGAUAUGACGGUGAUUCAUCUGACGACCUUCGGAUGACCCUGUGCUUGGAGGGGAACCACGGGCUAACGUUCAAGACACAAAGAGGAGGCAGUGGGAUCGAGAACGAGACGCUAGCGAUGAUCUCUGUGGGAGCGGCCGACCGAGGCCUUGUCUUGCACGCUAAGGGAUGUGAGACGUGCUUAGCAGCGACAGAGGCGCGGGUGCAGCAGUUAGGCACGCACGUGAAGAGGAAGCUGCUCCAGAGGGUCCAAAGGAUUCAUCAUCUCCUUUUAGAGUUCAGGAGACAGGCCAGAGGAAACAAACCCAUGCAGGAGCUGAGCCAGGCCAUCCUUCACGUGACCCGCCGAGCCGAAAACCUUCUGCUGCAGCAAACGCUGACCCCAUGGGACUUCUGGAUGUCCGGAUCCGUCCGUCAGAUGCUCACACACAGCCUGCCCCGAACCCUGCAAAUGGUCCAGCACAUGUCUCAACUCAUUCAGCAAGAGCUCAAAAAGCCGCUGACAACACUGGCCGGAGCGUACCAUGACGUUACAGGAGAGCGUCUGGACAUGAUUUGGCAUGGCUUACUCAACCUAUGGAGCCGAGACCUGGAGCAGAUGCUGCCUGCAGUUCUACAUAAUCACCACCUGAGGACGCCAUCAGUAACUGCUCUCCGCACUGCCAUUACCGCAUUGGACCUGGGGAUCCAGCACACAGCCCAGUGGGCCGAGUCCAGAUUGGCCACGAUGUUAGUAGGAUUUAGAAGACAGCUUGCUUUUAUGUACAAGUUCUCUGAAAGGGACGGCGAAGUGACAAUGAGUCUUCCUCUACCGAGUUACCCAUGGACGAAGCGGUCAGUGGUCGGCAUAGCAGAAGUCGUGGUGGAGGAGUUCCUCAUGAAACCAGUUCUCUCGCUAAACUCAGCGAGUGUUACAGCCGAGCUCUACAGGCUUAAGAGGAAACUAAUGGACAGCCCUUUCAAUCACCAAGCAUUUCUUGUAGCGGAUGGAUACGUCGUGACAUUUGAUGGACAAGUGUUAAAGAUCCCACAUUCGUGUGACCUUGUCUUAGCCUCUGACGUCACCAAGAACACAUUUGCCAUCAUUUUAAAAUCUGACUGGACGGAAAAACAGCGUUCCCUAAAAAUUCAACUGCAAAAUACAACCGUUACGGUUCGUCCAAAAGAGCAGCUGGAAGUGGAUUGCCGUAGCGUCCAGACACCCUUCAUUAAUCCUGACGUGACUGUAACCAGAGAGCUAGAUGUGCUUACAAUCUCCAAUAGAAGAGGACUGUUGUUGUCAUGUGACUUCUCGCUAAGCGUCUGCAGUGUGACACUAGACGGAUGGCUGCAUGGGACAUCAAGAGGACUUCUGGGAACCAAUGAUAAUGAGGUGGGAAAUGAUUAUUUGCUGCCAAAUGGCUCACAGGCCCUCAGUGAAGACAAAUUCAUGCAAGGAUGGAAACUGGGUUCUAACUGUGUGAGUGUUGAAUCCGAGUUCUGCAUAAACCAAAUGACAGCCAACCUGUCCUGCUCACUUUUCUUCUCCUCCACAAUGUCUCCUCUCAGCUCCUGUUUCAGAGUGGCAAACAAUAUUACAGCAGUUAUCAAGAAGGCUCAGCCGCGGCUACACUACCUCAAGGUGCUCAGGAAGUACAAUCUGGACCCUAUCUAA